UUUUCGAAAAAGUGAUUUGGAUUUUUCGGCUUAAAAAAAGAUUAUUUAAAUUAAUACGAUUAUAGGCCUUGAUUCGUUGUAAAUCGCAUUUUAAAAUUAAUUUUAAAUGAUAUUUAUAUUUAUGCCUUUUGCUUUUAUCAAAUAAUAUUUUGACUUCUUUGAAUAACUCUGUAGCUUAUAAGUCCUGCGUGCAUUGCGAGAGAGUUUUCUCCUAUGGUUAUGUGUUAUUUCACCUGUAUUCUUAGAAGUCGUUUUACCAAUUGUGUCUUAUUCAUUUAGGUUUCUCUAUCGGGUGUGUUGAGAUUGUUGAUUAUAAAGGUUUUUACAAAAUACGGUUCGAUGUGCACCGGUCUCCCUGCUUUGUAUAUUGUUCUUUUAAAAUAUCGAAAAGAAGGACCAAUAAAAUCAAUUUAAAUCCCAAAUCUUUAAUGUUAUGUCCAGCCAAACUUUUUAUAAAUGUUUAUAUUGAUUAUAUAAUAUAAUAUGUUAUUUUAUUUAAAUACGUUUCGCUAGGCAUAUUCGAAAAUGUGCUCAUCGCGAUUAUGUUAUAUUUGAGCAUUCGGAUAUGAAUAUACUUACUUUUUACAGGAUGUCGCAUAUUACUUUUUUCCUCCCAAUUUUAUUUUAAUAUUUGAUUGAUUUAUAAUAAUAUUUUAUUAAAUUGUUUAUUGUUAUCAGGUUUGCUUAUUUAUCGUAGACAUAGCUUAUUCAAUUUAUACUUCUAAUUUAUUUAUUGGGCAAUAAGAUUAGCCAAGGUUUUAAAUAAAUAUUAAAGCACUUCUUACCCCUUAAAAUUAAAAACAUCAAAUUACGCCGUAUGAAAUAUAUUAUAUAGAUAUAACCGUUUAUCUGUAUUAUUAUUAAUAAUAUAAUCAGGCAUAAUAUUUAAAAAAGCAUGUGUAAUUAUGUUAUUUCUUGUUUCCACGUGUUUUAGAUUCGGACGCACUAAACCGACCGACCAUUAUUUGUACCAAUUAAUUAUAAUUUAUAUUUUUUAGGAAGCGGUCGAUUGAUAAAGGGUUUUAUAUCAUCAGUCUUGCCAUUUGCUUUUUAAAUUAUUUAAAGCUUUGUUUUCCCUUUUGUUAGGUUCGGCCAGCUGAUCUUUGAACCGGGCCAUGUCUGAAAGUAAGGGUAAUGAUAUAUAAUAUCUGACGUUAUUCGUUUUUGGGUGUUUUUUGUAAAUUAUUGAUAACGCCAUAAAUUCUUAUAUAUUUAUUUUUUAUAUUUGGAGUGACAGGAGCUCAGAGGUUAGGAACUUUUACUAAAACACGGCACCAUACUAGUCUAUACCAACUCGGGACUGUUUUUUUUUGAAAUCAACCUCAUCAUAUAGAUUAAAGAUGCUUCCAUCUCGAACCAUGUUGUGGUACCUUUGUUAAAUAUUAAAUCCAGCGAUUACAAGCUUAAAACUGAAGUUAAAUAUCUUUUGGAUAGAAUGGGCAUUCCAGCGAAUCUUUUGAUAUUUCGUGAUAAUCCAUUUCUCAAUCUCAAGGACUUAUGUUUAAAGCAAAAACUUUUACUAACACUGGUUGACCACAACACCUUACCCGAACAGGAUAAUUGUUUAAUUCCUUGCGUCGUUGAGAUUCUUGAUCAUCACCAUAAAGAGCUUUCGGAAAAUGAUAAAGAGUAUAAUUGCGAUAUAUGUAUAGAAUACGUUGGAUCCUGUUGCACUCUGAUAGCCGAAAAAAUUUUCAACAAACAACACGCUUGCCUUAUGGAUCCAAUGAUUAUAGAAAUGAUUUAUGCCACAAUAAUACUUGACACCAUAUGUUUGAGCUCGGAUGCCGGGAGGACUACUAUGAAAGAUAUGGAGGUGAUUGAAAGGUUGCAAAGCCAUUUGCCAGGCCUCGCUGGAGACCGAGACAAAUUGUACGAAAAUUUAACCAAAGCCAAAUGCGAUAUAUCUUGUUUUAGUGACAUCGAACUAUUGUUAAAAGAUGUAAAAAUUGUCGCCAACUCUAACGGUGCUGUUAAGAUAGCUGUUUCUUCCUUUCCAGUUUUAGCUCAAGUUGUUCUAACAACUAGGGGGUCUUCAAUGUUAAAUAGCUUGAAUUCGUUUUGUAAAGCAAAUUGUUACAACGCAAGCCUUAUAUUGGGUAUAAAUCUCGAAAAAGUGAAUGGUGAAAAUACGAAUGGUGACCUAGGAAAAAUAGCCAGGGACAUGGCUAUAUAUUGUGCCGCACAAGAUAUUCAUCUAGAUCUUCUAUCCACGUUGCCUUAUUAUCUUACUGAAUUUAAUAAUAACGAAUUAGGUUUAGUCCCCAUAUCUACUGCCUUUACCAAGUUUGACGAUGGCAAUAUAGGUAGUUCAUUAUUUCUCUUCAAUCAACUCAACGUAAAAGCUACUAGGAAACAUAUCAUUCCUAUGUUACAAAAAUAUUUGAUUGAUGAAGAUGAAUCUUCUUUCGAGAAAAAUAUGAUUCCCAUUCCCACAUUUGAUGGUAAUUCAAUUGAGGAGGAUAAUGAAGAACUUGAACAAAAUAAAAAUGGAGUAUAUGAUGCAGAUACAGUAUUUAAAAUUGGAGAUUAUUUUAAUUUGGAUGAUUCUAGACCUUUUGAUAGUACACAACUAAACGCUAAAUAUACUGGAGUACCACGUAAUGACGAAUCGAAAUACUCAUUAAGAGUGCUUCCCGAAAAUUUUGAUAAUUUGGAAAAUGUAGGGGUACCACUAAUGAAAAGAAGCCCUGAUGUAACGAAUUUUCAAAAUGAUAACCUAAUAAAUUCAUACGAAGAAGAUUUUGGUAAUAAUAAUCCAAAAACUUUUAACUAUAAUAUAUCGAAAUGUGAUAAUGAUAAGAAUCAUUUUGAUUAUGUAACUAACUAUAAUAAACCAAUAAAACUCGACGAUGAAAUUGAAAAUCUCAUCGAUCAAAUUCAAUUGUUAAAUGAAGACUUAAAUUCGCGCGAAGAUGCUUUUCAAAAUUUUGCGAAUUAUUCUUUGCCACAGAUAUCAGUAUCGGAUGAAAAAUUAAGUCAAAAUAUAAAAUUAAUAUCGGAGAGUAAAAACGACUAUAUUUAUACCGAUACUAAUGAUAAAUGUCUCAAAACAUAUAUAGCCAAUAUAUUGAUAAAAUCAAUAAAUGGAAAGAAUUCCCAUCAACUAAUAUUUGAAGACAAUUCCAAAUUGCCUGACGAAUAUAUAUCUUCUUUAGACGUUUUAGCAAAAAAACUAGGAAAUAACGCUCUAAAAAAUGCUAUAAACUUAAGUGAAGAAGAGGGAAAUUCCGAUUUAAUAAACCCAUACUUAGAUGUAAAUUUGUGUCCUAAAUCCCCUUCUGUUUUAAAAAGCUUAUCAAAAUUGAAUGGGAAUUAUCAAAAAAAUGAUUUAUUUAAGCCUAAAUCUAUACUCUGUAGUGAUCAUUUAAGUUUUUCUCGCUUAAUGGAUGAUAAAAUACCAGGUGAAGCAUAUGUAGUAAACAGCAUUGAUUCAAACAAUCCCUUUUUAAAUGAGAUCAAUAAUUACGAUUUUAAAAAUUUGUCAAAUGGUGUGAUUAAAUUUCCAAUGAAAAUAGGCCAUGUAUUUCAAAAUGACAUAGAUCGAUAUAUGUUUUCAGACACAAAUAAAGAAAAUUUGGAUAUUUUUUAUGAUAAUUUAGACAAUUUAAACGGGGAAGUAUAUAACGAAAUAGAGGAUGAGCAUAUUGGUACACCAAAAGCUCCUUCUAAAAAUGAACACUUGUUGAAAUUAAAGCUAUCUGACUCUAUAGAUAUAUUUUUUGAUAAUUCUAAAAAGGACUUAGCCAUAGCACCUGAAAUUAAUACCUUAUUAAAUCAAGAAAGAGUUAAUAAAUACAAUCCCUAUAAUGAUUCGCAAACUUAUCCGCCAUCUAUUAGUGAAAAGGAUAAUUUAAAAGAAACCAUAUUAAGAAACCAAAUGAGUUUCCUAAGCUCGUUAAAUAAAUUCAAUGAUAUUAAAGAUUCACUGCAGAAUGAUAUUGGCGAAAAAAGUUAUCCUUAUGAAACACCCACUCAAAAUCUGUUUUACGAUCAUUUCGAUGAAAUGAACGGAGAAGUUUACGCUGAAACAAUGGAUAAACAUUUGAACGGAGAUAAAAUAAAACCUUUCAAGGAUGAACUAUUGACUGAAAAGGUGAAAUUGAAAUCUUCUAUUUUGAUGAAUCCUAAAUUUUCAUCAUCAUUAGAUUAUUAUGCUAGUUUUCCUGCUUCAUCCUACGAUAAAAUUACUCACAUCAAUAAUGUAAGCAGUGAGAUUAAAAUUAAUUUCAACUGUUACAAUAAAUUGGCGGAAAAUACAGCUAAAUCGAUUAUAAAAAAUUUAAACCAAUUUUCUUCCGAAAAAUUUGAUGUAAGUAAAACGUCACCGCCAGCUAAAAAUUACAAAAAAGAUAAUACCAUAGCUAGUUACAAAUCUCUCGAUAAUUAUAGCAAUCCAAAAUAUCAGGUAAAUGAUUGGAUUAUUUAUAAUGAUAUCCCAAAACAAAUUCCAAAAAUUCCGAUUAAGAGAGCAUUUAGUGAAAGUUUAUCAUUCUUAGCCUGUCCUACCAUAACCAUAACUCCAAAUAGUCCAAUUAUAGAUAAAACUAGUGAAAUUAUUAUUGAACAUUUUAAAAAUGAUAAAGUUAUAUUUCAAAACGUUAUGUUACAGCAAAUAAAUUCGUUUAAUAAUAAUUUCUCCAAAUCAGAUAUUAAGAGUGAUGAUGAUAGUGAAUUAAACUCGUCGGAUAAUCAGGAUUACACUAAAACAGAUGAUUCCAAUUUUGAAACAAACUCAAGGCUUUUAGAUAAUAAACCUGACGAGUUAAAUUCUACCCAAUCGAAACCUUUAACCAACCUUAUUAAUGAAUCCUAUCAAGCCAAUUCAAUUGAAAUUCUCCGACAAGAUCCUUUAAUGAAGGAAUUAACACUGGAAGAAGAUUUAUAUGAUCAUAUAAAUUAUAGGCUGGAUUCCGAAAUAAUUGAGCCUUAUAAACGCAUAUUUUCACACGGAGGAUACUUUGAGGACAACAAAAGUACACCCAUUGUAUGUCUCUAUGCGUGUUAUUUGCCAUGCCGCUCUACCCCCAAUUACGAAUAUAUAAUGGAACAAUUAUUCUUUUACAUAGUAAAAACUCUGCAUAUACUAGUCGAGGAUGAUUAUAUAAUAAUAUUUUUUGAGGGAUCAGCGCCUAAAAACCUAUUACCUAAUUUCAGAUGGUUGUUGAAAUAUUAUCGACUAUUGGAACAAAAGCAAGGAUAUGAAGUUUUGCUUGAUCAAAAUGUUAAUUUUUGCAGAAACUACUUUAAAAAGAAUGGUAAGUUACCCUCAAGAUUAUUGAGCAGUAAUGACGAAGACGAAGUUACUUGCCUACAAAAAAAAUUGAGUUUGAGUACCUUGACACAUCUACGAAAAUUGAAAAAAAAUAUAAAAAGUAUUUAUGUGGUGCAUCCCAGUUUAUGGUUUCGUACGGUUUGUUAUAUGUGCAGACCCUUUAUGGUAUCCAAAUUUUGGCAAAAAUUAAAUUUUGUCAACUCUCUCAAAAUUUUAAAAGAAAAUAUUCCAACUUUGGACUUAAAUUUUUUGCCAGAUCAACUCUUAAGAUCUCACUUGAGGAAGAGGAUAUACUUCAAACGGAUAUCCUACUUUGGUGGAUACGGCAAGAAAGAGAUUUGCCAAAGCUAUCAAGAUUAGCAAGAAAAAUAU